UGCUUGAUUGUCCUUUCUUUGAAGUUGAACGCUUUUUUUGUUAGUUUUUUUGUAUUUUUAGACACACAUCCGAAAGCAUGUGCGCAGCUACUAUAUAGGUUGAUAGGGGUCUUUGUACUCUGGGGUUCUCGUUCUUAUCUUUAACUGCAGCCAAUUUCAAGUAGAGUUUUUCACUGCUAGAGGAUUUUUCUGAUCCGGGGUUGUUGAGUUUGAGUUCAAGUAACUUUUUAUUGAUCUGACCAGGUACUUGAUUUUGAAUAGAGGAGUGAACUUUGAAGUACUAUUGGGGGAGAGUUGGCCAUAAAAGUCAAAGCCCGUGAGUUAGUGCUUGUGGUUGAAAUUUAAUGCUCAAAAGCUGAAGGCGAAAAGCUAGUUGCCUAGUUAGGCAAAUUCAAGUCAAAAUAGAUAGAUUUUGCUCUAAAGUUGAGGGUUUUUCCUAUCGCUGGUUCAACGCUAGAAGCAGGACUCGAGUUUUUAGGUAAAUGGGGAGUAAUUUGAAUAUAAAGAACUGUGGAAAUGAGCCACCGGGGGAAAGUGGAAGUGGUGGUGCUGGUGUUCCAUUGGCACGGCAGUCGUCUGUUUAUUCACUGACUUUUGAUGAGUUUCUGAGAGGGAGUGGAAAGGAUUUUGGGUCAAUGAACAUGGAUGAGUUGUUAAAGAACAUAUGGAGUGCAGAAGAGAGUCAGAACAUGGGAACUUCUGGGGUUGGUGGACAAGAAGCGAGUGUUCCAGGUGGGAAUUUACAGAGGCAAGGGUCUUUAACUUUACCGAGGACACUGAGUCAGAAGACUGUUGAUGAAGUGUGGAAGGAUAUGUCAAAAGAGUAUUAUGGUGGAAAGGAUGGAAAUGGUGAUGUGGGGUUAUCGAACAUGCCUCGUAGGCAACAGACUUUAGGAGAGAUGACACUUGAGGAUUUCUUGGUUAGAGCUGGUGUUGUGAGAGAAGAUGCACAGUUAGUUGCAAAAGCUAGUAAUGUUGGGGUCUUUGGUGAUAUGUCACAUGCUGGAAAUAGUCUUAGAGUGGGAUUUGGAUAUCAACAGAGCAAUGGGAAUACAGCUAUGGUGGCUAGUAGGAACAUGGAUAAUAAUAGUGGAAUUGGUGUUCACUCUGGUAAGUUACCACUGAAUGUGAAUGAGAUCAUAUCUGUGCAACAACAGCAAGGAACAAUGCAACUGCAGCAGCAGCCACAGCAACAGCAGCAGCAGCAACCCCUUUUUCCUAAGCAACCUGGUUUGGCUUAUGGUGCUCCCAUGGCCAUCCCAACUAGUGGUCAAUUAGGCAGUCCAGGGAUGAGGGGUGGGAUUGUUGGUAUUUCUGAUCCAGCACUUGGUAGUAGUUUAGUUCAAAGUGCUGCUUUGACUGGUGGAGGAAUGAAUAUGGUUGGUUUUGGAGCUGGAGGUGUAACUGGUGCAACAGGAUCUCCAGCAGUUUCAUCAGAUGGACUUGGGAAGAGUAAUGGAGAUACAUCUUCGAUAUCUCCAGUACCUUAUGUCUUUAGUGGUGGUUUAAGGGGCAGGAAAGGCGGUGCUGUGGAGAAAGUUGUUGAAAGGAGGCAGAGGAGAAUGAUAAAAAAUAGAGAGUCUGCUGCAAGAUCUAGAGCUCGGAAGCAGGCCUACACAAUGGAGCUAGAAGCAGAAGUUGCAAAACUUAAAGAAGAAAACGAAGAAUUGCGGAAGAAACAGGCAGAGAUGAUGGAAAUGCAGAAGAAUCAGGUUCAGGAGAUGAUGAACCUUCAACGAGGAGCUAAAAGAUGAUGCUUGAGAAGGACCCAGACAGGUCCUUGGUAAAAGUGGGGUUCAGAAAUAAGUGCUUGGCUGUAACUAUGUUUCUGAUAGUAUGUUCCUGUACAUAGAGGGAACUUUUUUCCAUUGUACAUCAGAAGAGAAGAGUUAUCUUUUUUCUGUAACCUUUUCCUUCUGUAUUUCCAAAGUCUUCUCCCAUGUCGACAAUGUCAUGAAUAAAACUAGAGACAAAUACUUAUUUGCUAUGCAGAUAUAUCUAUUAUCUAUAA